AUGGCUAUUGGAGUAAGACUUCAGAUCUUUCAAGUAGUUAUUUUUCCAUGUUCCCCUGAAUCCGAGACCCCUUUCACUUUCACUCAAACGUUUCCUCCAAGUGUUUCCAUGGAUUUCAUGUGGAACAAUCUGACUGGCACAAUACCAAAGGAAAUCGGACACAUUACAUCGUUGAGACUCUUGCUCUUGAAUGGAAAUAAAUUAUCUGGCAGUUUACCGGAUGAGCUUGGCAACCUUACGAAUAUGAAUAGACUCCAACUAGAUGAAAACCAACUGUCAGGUUCUGUGCCAGAAUCGUUAGCGAAUAUGAUCAACGUUAGACACCUCCACAUGAACAACAACUCGUUCACUGGUCAACUUCCAUCCAAACUUUCAAACCUUUCCAAUCUUAUGCAUUUGUGAGUAUUGAAGCCAAUUU